GGACAACAUCGUGCAUAAGUAUCUUGGCUGAUUUUUAGGGAACGGGAUGCUCUUGUUCAUCGCUGCCAUGUGUCCUCGGCAGUUGUGAAUUUUUUGAUGCGCAUGUUCAAAGAUCAUUGAUUAUGCUCGAAAAUUCUUUUCACAAAAAAUACGAUGGCGCUAUUUCGUUGUACGGUUUUGCAGAAAAAUCCACCCAGCCAUGUGCGGGUAAGUCUCUUGCGGGAACUGGGGGGAAUACAAGCUCUUCUCGCAGACCGGCAGCGACUUGAGGAGAGACUGAAGUGUGGGAGUUCGCGACUUCAACGAGCGCACCUGCUGGACUUGAGUGGCAGACAUGAAGAGGCAUUACAGUUAGCUCGUGGCAACGAUGGCAACGAGUGGCGGUUUGCUGAGGAGGUCGCGCGACGUCACAUAGAGUUCCGAGAACGGCGACAGCAGCUUCGGAUGGGCUUCAGCGCGUCAGGUCGAAAGCACGAAGAAAACCUUCCUCGGAGACUUCGAGAAGGCAGAGGCAAAGAGAAUGCCAUUGAUCGUGAGCUUCAUGAACAUAGUUCUCGUGUAACAGUGCCCCUUGCGCGAAUAAGUUGUGGGGAAAAAGCGUUGCGGUUCCGCGACCGACCAUUCGUGUAUAAUUGUCGAGAAUCGAUGUCAGCAAAGUCGUCCAGUAAUGACUACGGUGGUACCGUUCCACCUUUCCUGCGAGACUUCUCGCGAUUGUCGGAAUUCUUAGGAGACCUACGGCUGCCCACCCGGCGUCGUAUAGACGGCAGCGCGGACCCUGUAUGGGGCCAUUUGCAGGACGACCAGGAGACCAAAACUUUUCGCGAGCUAUGGAACGAGGCCGAAAUUAAGGCUGUUUACUGAAGCUGAGUCUGUGUUGUUUUCGAGGAUGAACUCUCAUUCGAUGCGGGACGCUUUGAUGACCACCUCCCUGUACGUGGUGUAGACGAAUGUCACCUAUUUGACAGGUUGGUCGCUCUCGCUGAAACUUUGAGUUUCAGUAUCUCUGAUGCCUGUAUGUUGCAGACCACCGAGUGGAGCUGAAGCGCUAAUCUUCACGUGGGUGGUCAUGACGAGGAGCAACAAAGUGGACCGUUGAUCUUUGACUUCGCGUUGUGGCGCACGCGGCUAGGACGGGCGUUUGCUGAGCAGUUUCGACCGUUUCCGCCGUUGCCGCACGUAGAUGUCUUGAGCGCCGCGCAGGUGCGGGCUCUUCCGAUGUCGGGAAGUGCUUUUCCGACUUUGUUCGCAAAUUUUCGGGGCCCUUGCGCGGGAGCUGGACCUCACGUAGAUUUCUCGCACACCCAUUUUUGGCAGUUUGUGUGUGUCGGACGGAAGCGUUAUCGGCUGGCCUCUCCGACGGAUCUGCCGCUGUUAGAGCCGUUCUACUUGGAUGACCUUUCGUCCCCCUGGCUCCCGCAAGACUGCCUUCAUCAGCCUUUGUUGAAAGCAGAAUUAAGAGGCCCUGUCCGCGCGAAAGUUGCCAAGAAAGGCUUGCGCCAGCCAACCAUUUACGAGGGCGAAGUAGGUGCAGGAGAAGCGAUUUUUGUGCCCAGCGGGUGGGCGCACGAAGUUUGGAAUGCAGAGCCUUGUAUCGCCGUAAGCGGGAAUUUCGUAGACCGGAGCAAUAUCUCCCUAGUUUUAAAAAGUUUAGAGAGUGAAGGUGCGUGCGGAUUCGAGGGCGCACAAGUGCUGUUUGACGAGCUGCGAGAUUUGCACACGUCGGGCGAACUGGAGGAGUUGCAGAAGAAAAUGGAACAAAUCCAAUUCGUACAAGUAAGCAAGAAAGGUGACGGUGAAGGUGCCCGGCUAGAAGAUUUGAAGAAAGAUAGGAAAAAUAGGAAUAGCCUUGGUGUUGGGAGUGUGGAUUCAGAAGCUAAAGAUUUUUCAGGAGCUUUAGCUUUGUCAGAUUUUAAAAUGAUUGGUGGUGAGUCGUGGACCCCAUACGAGAGACGCGAAGUGCUUACUUCAUUCAAGCGUGUAAUUCUUGCCGGGAUCGCUCUUGCGUCAGCGAUAUGUGGAAGUGUCGCAAUCAAGUUUCCGCAAGGCGCACGCGAU